AAUCAGGGAUGGGUGUGGUUGUAGGGUCUCCAAUGAAAGGCAAACCAAGGGGAAUGGAUAGAAUUCUUUUGGGCUGAUUUGGGGGGAUGUGUUCAGCCAACUAGGGGGGACAAAGGGAAAGGAUAAUGUGUGGUACUUUGGCUGCAUAUAUGAGGAUUUAUUUGGUGGUUAAAGGGUUAAGAAAGUACCAUGUUUCUCCUGGAAUUUUAUGCCUCCCCUAUAUUUCUAUACCUUCUCUUCUUCUUUCUCUUCUUAAAUUGAUAUCCUAGACUACCCUGGGUCUCGGGUACAACAAAAAUGUUGGACGACUUUCAAAGGGAGAGACUAGAAGCUGAGGCUAAAGCUGAUCAACUAGUCAAUGACCUCUGUAAGGCUGCUGAGCUUAAGCGCUCCCUCGAGUCUCAAGAUCCAAUGUGGGAAAUUAAUGCUCAAAUAGAGGCCCUAGAACCUAAGACCAACCCUGAAACAUUCAACCAUUUGGCCCCAGUUCUAGAAGAUUCAUCCAGACCAACACUAUCACAGAAACUCGCGAGCAUAACAACUCUCGCUAGGGCUACUUGUUGUACCCAAGACCCGGGCCAAGUUCCAACCAGCAUAGUCGUACAUGAGGUGGAACCAACUGAGGGACCUGACUUAGAACCACCUAUGCUUAUUCAAGAACAGGAGGAGGAAGUUUUGCCUAUGACAAUAAGCGACCAUCUCCUUAAUUGUGUUAAAGACACACCUCCAGAGGAACUUGUUCUGGAGGAGAUAGAGCCCACUACCUACCCCCAAGAUUCCAACGUUCAAGAGCCUGAGGAAUCUAUAGACGAAGAAAUACGUAGCACAGAGGAACCAAUAACAUCUAUAGAUAAUCAUGCUUCAUCAGAAGACUUAGACCAAACUUUCUUUGACUCCCUACUUGACGAGUGUGACUUUGUCUGCCCGAAUGAUAAUUGGAGCCAAAAGAGUUGGGAUGAACUUCUGGUAAGUGACACUGAAGACUCAUCCGUGGGGGAAAGAAUCGUCGUAAUCAUCAAACCGCAAAUGGAUAGUCAGCCCGUUGAAGACAAGGAAGAAAUCAAUCUUGCUAUGAAGGCCAAUGAUGUGGAUCAACUGAGGAGACUGCCGCCCCCACCCACCUAUACAAAGUCUUCUCCAUAUAUCCUGUUUCCACCAAGCCGCAGGAAUGAGUCAAGGAUCCUGGACCUUGACCGAGCAAAAUAUCAAACAAUGUGGCAUCAGAAGAGAGUCAAAAGGGCCAAACUUUAUGACUCUCGAAUCGGUAAGUCGCGGAAAAAGUGGAUGCCUCAUCGUUCUUCUUACCCUACUGUGGACCGUAAUGAGGUCCAACUGAUUGAUGCUGCUUCUAGGACGAGGUUCGAUGAGUGGGGAUACUCACGGGUGUUACACGAGUCUGUGUGUCUGGCUCAAGACACACUGACGCACUAUGGCUAUGCAGAGGAGAUGGAGGAGCUGCUUGAGGGGACCAUAUGGCAGCGCCUGCUUCAGAUCAGAAUGAUUCAUACUUUGAUCACUGCUGAUACCACAUUUGCCUUCACUCUUGCGGGCCAGUCAUUUCAGUUGACAGUGAGAGAGAUGGGUGUUCGUCUCGGGCUCUACACCCAGGAGGAGACCGAGCAGCCUGAGUUCUACGACAAUCCCUUUUGUCUUCCUGCAGACUUUGAUGCUAUAGCUUCUGGAGGGAGCACUCAUCUGACAACAAGGAUUUCGUCAACAAGAAGAGUAAGGACGCACUUGGUGUGUGGGUUUGUGAUUACUUUGCUCUUUCGCUCCCUCGUGGGGAAUUCACCCAUCCCACGGCCUGUGCAGUUGAUGAGGGAUUUAGAUGACGGCAUGCUCCGGAAUGCUCACAUCCACCGGAGACUCUUUCCUAGCUCUUCUGAGAGCACUACGGCCUCUACUGGCCGCACUUCACAUGAGAUGGGAGAGUCUUCCGGAAGUGAUCAUGAGGAUGAUGCUAGCACCAGUAGCACCAACAAGGCCAAAACUAAUGACGGGUCUGACUUCAAGGUUGAUGUCCCAACUUUUGAGGGAAAGAACAACAUGGACGAAUUUCUAGAAUUGCUAGAGAAGGUGGAACGCAUUUUCAAUUUCAAAGAAGUCUCCGAUGAGAAGAAGGUCAAGAUAGUGGCCUUGAAGUUCCACAAGGAUGCAUCUACUUGGUGGACUAAUACGUGCACCAAAUGGAGAAGAAACCACAAGGAGCCGGUGGCUACAUGGGCCAAAAUGAAGUCUCUCUUAAAGAAGAAGUUCUUGCCCGCUGAAUAUGUUCGUGAGAAUUUUGCCAAGCUUCAAACGCUUAAGCAAGGUUCUAAAUCGCUUGAAGAAUACACCCGCGAGUUCGAGGAACUCUUUCUAAGUAGCACCAACAUGGCUAAAACUAAUGAUGGGUCUGACUUCAAGGUUGAUGUCCCAACUUUUGAGGGAAAGAACAACCUGGACGAAUUUCUAGAAUUGCUAGAGAAGGUGGAACGCAUUUUCAAUUUCAAAGAAGUCUCCGAUGAGAAGAAGGUCAAGAUAGUGGCCUUGAAGUUCCACAAGGAUGCAUCUACUUGGUGGACUAAUACGUGCACCAAAUGGAGAAGAAACCACAAGGAGCCGGUGGCUACAUGGGCCAAAAUGAAGUCUUUCUUAAAGAAGAAGUUCUUGCCCGCUGAAUAUGUUCGUGAGAACUUUGCCAAGCUUCAAACGCUUAAGCAAGGUUCUAAAUCGCUUGAAGAAUACACCCGCAAAGUGAUGUACCCCUGAAUGACUCCAACAAAACCCAAACUCUUCCAACAUAUCCAAAAGUCUUCUUUCUUUUCCUUAAUUCAAAAUAAAGUCUUUCCUAUCAA